AUGGGCAACGAGAGCAGUCUGCCGAUGGAAAUGUGCAGCAAUUUCGAUGCCUAUGAAAUUCGGCGUCUGGCACGCCGAUUCAAAAAGCUCGAUAUCGACGGGUCGGGCUCGUUGUCCGUCGAGGAGUUCAUGUCGUUGCCCGAGUUGCAGCAGAACCCGUUAGUACAGCGCGUUAUCGACAUAUUUGACGAGGACGGCAACGGAGAGGUCGAUUUCCGGGAAUUCAUCCAGGGCAUCUCCCAGUUCAGCGUCAAGGGCGACAAGGGCACCAAAUUGAAGUUCGCCUUCCGCAUCUACGAUAUGGACCGGGACGGGUUCAUCUCCAAUGGUGAACUGUUCCAGGUGCUAAAAAUGAUGGUGGGCAACAACCUGAAGGAUACGCAACUCCAACAAAUUGUCGACAAGACGAUCCUGUUCCACGAUAAGGACGGCGAUGGAAAGAUCUCAUUCCAGGAGUUCUGUGACGUCGUUGAGCACACCGAAGUGCACAAGAAGAUGGUGCUCGAGAAUAUU